AUAACCUUAUUGGGGAGGGUUGCCUUGGCUUCGUUACAUCCGGGUCCCUCUCCCUGUAUCUCCAGUCGGGGCCCUGGUUUCCUGUAUCCUCCGCUAGUGGGGUGAGGCAGGAGGGCGGGCGCCUGCUCGCUCCCCGCAACUGGUGGCAGGAAGAUGUCCGGACCCGGGGUGCCCACGGCCGCAGGCGCCGGAGGGGCGAGGAGUCCUGGGGCGGCUCCGGAGUGGGGAGCCUUCGAGGACAACAUGCAGGUAUGGGAAGGAGAGAGGGAGGAGAGAAAAGGGGUGCAGGAUAGAGCACCAUCCGCGAUGGUGUAUGUACCCUGCGGGUUACGUUUACGCUGCCCUGUUCCGGAGUAACUUAAUCCGGAGUAACUGCCACCCUUCACAUAAUCAUGGAAAUUUACCCCGUUUCGGGGUAAAGCCAUCAACCAACCCGCCAAGAUGCUAUGGGAUUUACAAUAUUAGAUGAGGAAUGGGGUAAACUAUGGUCAGAUCCAACCCCACAGAUCAGCUUCAGUCCAAGUAAAGGAAAACACAUAGGUGGCAUUUAUGUCUGCAACGUUUGGCUAGAAUUACAAAAGAGGGAGAUCUGUCUAUCUAUCUAAUGUAUUAAGACCAACCACAACAACCCACCAACCUGCUUCAAAUGCUCGUCUUCUACUUGAAAGUUUGGGGAAGUAGUAAUUAUUUUCAUAGCUGGCGGCUGUCAGUCAGGGCCGUACACCUCAGUCCUAACCAUGUUUCCUCAGAAGUAUGUUUUGUUGAAUUCAGUGGGGCUUACUCCCAGGUAAGUAGGAUUAAAAUUGCAGUCAUAAGUGGUACUUGCUUUCCUCCAGUCCUGCUGGAGUUGAUUUGAGACUGCCACAUCUGGUAUUGGAGGACUGCAAAAUGUUUUUGGUUUUUAGCAAUCUGUACACACACACACACAUAUAUAUCCAACCAAAAUGUACUUCAGGGAGGAAGAUGUUCCGGUUUAAGGAGCUGACUGUCAGUUAGUUUCAGGCAUGGAUGCCAGGCCUACCGAUGUAUUAUUUAUGGCUUCAGUCAUAGAAUCAUAAACUUGUAGAGUUGGAAGGAGUGCUGAGGGUCUUCUGGUCCAAACCCCCUACAAUGCAGGAAUCUCCACUAAAGCAUCCAUGACAAACGGUCAUUCAACCUCUGCUUAAAAACCUCCCGAGGGAGCCCAUUCCACUGUCAAAGAGCUGUUAGUGUCAGAAUGUUUUUCCUGAAGUUUAAGUUGGACCCAUAUAUAAUGUAGGGGAGAGGUGGGGAAGCAGCAUCUUGUAAAAUGUAAAAUUUUGACUAGCAGCUAUCAGGAAAUUGUGCCACUAUUUAGGUAAAAUGUCAUUCAUUUUAUGCUUUGUUAAGUUGUCCUAUGAAUAUUUAUGCUUACAACAUAUUCAAAACUUCAUUAAAAUGUGCCACAAGGAUAUUAAGGUGAGAGCAAGGCGAGGCUCCUUGAGAACGUUCCUGAGGUGUGGGAUUGUAUCUGAGAAGGCCUGCUUCCUGAUUAUCAGGGCCUUGCUUUAAGCAGUGAAAGGACCCAUAAUUACUGUAGUGUACAGACUGGUUUAGGUGAGAGCCAGUGUUAGAAACUGGGAUAGAAAUGCUAGGAACCAAAUGGCUUCUGGGACCUGGGUUGUGGGCAUCAAAACAGAAUGUCUAGUCGCCAUUUGCUGGCGGGGGGGUCGGCACCACUUUUUAUGUAUUAUUUUGAUAAGCAUGAAUUAAUACGCAAUUCACGUAAGUGGCACAUUUUUAGCAGAAAUUGUUAAUACAUCUUUAAUUUGGUGUUUACAAUAAAAAAUACUCUUUAUUGUUAAACUCCUUAACAUAUUGUCUAUCCUUAACAUUUAUUUUGAGUCUUCAAAGCACAUGCGUUUCAGUAAUCCUUGUGUGUCAGCCAGGCACAAAAAAUGGCACCCAGCUACCUUUAAUGCUUUGCAUAUCUUUGCUUAAUUCAGGGCGGGGGCUCUGCUGUAAUUGAUAUGGAAAAUAUGGAUGAUACAUCUGGCUCCAGUUUUGAAGACAUGGGUGAGAUACACCAACGCAUGAAGGAAGAAGAAGAAGUGGACGCAGAGGCGGCAGCUGCAGAUGAGGAAGAUGGCGAGUUCUUGGGAAUGAAGGGCUUUAAGGGUCAGUUGGGUCGGCAAGUAGCUGAUCAGGUAAGCUGCAUUCUACUUGGUUUGUUCUUGCUUCUCUGCUGUGAAGAAGUUCUAAGCCCAGGAGACUGCUGGUUCCUGCAAGCUCAUUGACUGUAAUCCUCUAAGGACAAUGAUUGGCGUUUCUUCCAAAGCAUAGACUUGGGUUCUAUGUUCACAUUUGUCUUUCUCAGAUGGACAACAUAUAUUCUGUGACCUGCACAUGGGCCACAGGCCUUGCUAUAUGCAUGCAAGACAGUGCAGCCAGAACUAGAUUUAUAAAAACCUAUUACUCAAAAUUAGAUUUAGCUCCUGUUCUUUUAACCCACACAGUAGAAAACAGACCGUUUAUUUCUCUUCUGGUUGGAGAAACAUAAGCUAGACUUGUAAACUUCUUUGACACUUUUUUUUUUUUUACAAUCAAGCAGUAUAUAAAUAAAUUUUAUGAAAAUAAAUAACUGCAUAUCCCCCUGUCAUGCUCCAGGGGGUUCCCUCUGGGGCUGGAGUCUCAAUCCCAAGAGGAAGAGGCCUCUUCAUGAAACACUCACUAAGGGCGGCAGGGUUGAAGGUGCAGCACAGGCCAAGUAAGCCUAAGUCAAGCACUGAAAAUCAGUCUAGUUCCAAAAUGUGAUCCAGAGGAAAGGUCAGGCAACAGCCAAAGCUGAAUAUCAUAGAAGUUCAGGCACGGGAAAGGAGCUGAAGACCUGCAUUGUUUCCAAUGGGGCUCAAGAGGGAGACCUUAUAUCUUGGGCUUCCUAGACCACACCCUAACCACAACUGCUGGUAGUAAAGGAGUUCUAUGGGACUGCUUACUCACCAGUAGAUGCUUCACAAGCCAUGCUAUGGCUUUGGGUCCAAAGACCUAUGCUAUGUCCUCCCUCUUCAACCUGCCCCUUUUGGCGGCAGCAUUUUCAAGAACUGAUGGGUGGUUUCACCUGCUCCUUUGACAGCUCCAAGCCUUCCUUCAGCAGGGCCCCUUGAAAGGAUCCUCAGCACUGGUUCCAUGAGUCCCUGCCUGCUCCUCAAGGUCCUCAACCUGUGGACUGUCUGGUUAACUCUCCAACAGCUUCAUGUCUGGCAUUGGGUCUGGCCAGGCAUGACACCCCCUCUAUUGCACAAUCUUGCAUUCCUCGUGAGAAACUGAGCAAGAAUCAGCAACAUGCCUGAGCCUUCUCCGCAUUCAUUUGCAGAGGUAGUAGUCUCUACCCACAGCUCCAAACUAGUUGUUGCACAACUACAAAGAUCACUGAUGUGCAGUGCAUUCUAAAAUAUGGCAUGAAUGUUGAUCCCUGUGCAAAAGCUGUAGAAUUCAAUGCAAUAAUCUAGUCAUCAGCACUAAGAAAGGAGAGCUCAGUUUCUUACAAUCUCUCUUUUCUAGAUGUGGCAAGCAGGAAAGAGACAAGCCUCCAAGGCUUUCAAUCUCUAUGCCAACAUUGAUAUCCUCAGGCCCUACUUUGAUGUUGAGCCAAACCAGGUUCGGAACAGGUAAGCAAAUGGCAGGUUCUUCCUUCCACUUUUCCAGAUUUGCUUUGUCUGCCAAUGGCUUUCCUAAAGCUGCUGUCUAUUAUGUUAAUAACAGAAGCACAAUUCAUUUAAGAAAGCAGUUACCUGGCACCCCACAUCUUUGUUAUUAAUAAGGUGGCUGUUCAGAUUAUAGAGACAAGUACCAUACCACACAUCUGUUUUGCUUACCAGCCUUUUAUAAUGCAGCAUUGGAGGAGAUGUUCAAGAAUUCUUGUAGCUGUGCUGUAAUUUCUCAAACCAUUUAUUCCAAACUUUUUCAUUUUCAAUCUUUUGAUGGUAGUGCACAAGCAAAACAGGGCUGUGUAGUAUCAGUUCAACAAAUUGCUUAGCCUUGUGUGCCCUGUCAAAUGAAUGUAAAUCAGAGUUCCUUUAAUCUGUCCUUACAAUACUGAUUAUUGAAAGCACAAACUGCUGUUGGGCUCCCUCUCUUGUACAUGACUAUUGAACUAACCACAGGAAGACAAUUAAAAAACUCCUGCUCAUACUGCCAGCCUCACUAGCAACACUAUUUCAUCCUUAGCAGCAGAGAGUGAGGAGGGAGGUGGUGGCAGAUCAGGAUGGUUGCUGGGAAGCUGCCCUGUCCUGCCUGACGGUUCCUCCACAGCUCACCUAAACAACCCAGCAACCUACCUCUGUCUCACUCCUCCACUUCCCUUCUCACACUCCUGUGCUGCUACGAAGUCCCAGCAGCUUUUAGAAGUCUGUCAUCACACUCAGACACCAAGUGAACUGCAAAAUGACAACAUUAAGUUUUUAUUGUAUGUUAAGAUAUGAAGCCUUCCAUCAUUAACAUUUUGAUCUACAGCAUCAGAUCUGUCAUAAGUUAAUUUUUAUUUAUUUUUUAAAUUUAUAGCCUGAUUUUUAGUCUAGCAGAGUUGUAUGUGAAUUUUAAAUGAGAUGUUUGUUCUAAGAGACCUUGCUGCUUGUUCAUUUGUUCAUAGCUAUUAACUCUCUCGUGCACAUCUUGUUCUCGUUUAGGUUGUUGGAGUCUAUGAUACCUGUUAAGAUGAUUAAUUUUCCCCAGGUGAGUUUGUGUGGUAGAUAACAGGUUUACGUUUUUUGUGUCAGAAGAGCAGGGAGCUUUUAGUUGGGGCUCUGCUUCACUUUCCCCCUCUCUAAGUUGGUGAGGUACUCUACCUGUGUCCCAGUGUGGAUGUGCAUUGGUGUUUCCUCGGAUGUUGAAUCCGUAGGUCAGAAGCUCUUUGGGGAAGGUUGACUGCUUUCCUAUUCCAGACAUAGUGGGGCCAUACUUUUGUUGUUCCUUUCUGCAUUUGUAUUCCUCUUCACAAAUUCACGUGUCAUUAAAAUCCCACCCAAGUGAUCAAUUACACCUUUCCUCUUUUAUAGAAGAUUGCUGGUGAACUUUAUGGUCCCCUCAUGCUGGUCUUCACAUUGGUGGCCAUCUUGCUCCAUGGAAUGAAGACAUCUGAUACUAUCAUUGUAAGCAAAGGAGCUGGUUUUCCUGACAUGUUCCUAUCCAGAGCCUUAUUUAGCUUUUGAACUUUCUUCACAGGAGUGUUGAAGUAUCUUAAACAUUCUAUGGUGAGAGAGAGUUCUGUGUAUGAGGUGCAAGUAAUUACUACUACAGACUUCUCUCCAGUUGAGUUUCAUGGCAAUUACUGCUUGAUAGUCCCAUUUCCAGUUUGCAAAGAGUGCUCCUCUAGCUUCUCUUGCUUUUUCAACAGAGGGAAGGCACAUUGAUGGGUACAGCAAUUGGCACCUGUUUUGGUUAUUGGAUAGGCGUCUCCUCCUUCAUCUACUUCCUGGCAUACUUGUGCAACGCUCAGAUCACCAUGGUCCAAAUGUUGUCGUUAUUGGUAAGUAAGAAUAAGCUCUCCAACUAACUGACAGUCUCCGAGAGUGUCUAAAGCAGGGGUGGGGAACUGGAUCCAGCCAGUGGACCCAAUUUUACUCUCCUUUAGCCCUAUGGGCUAGAUUAGGCAGGAAAUGGGCAGGUACCUGGCAUCAAUGUGAAAUCGGGUGACACAGCGCUUUGAAGACCCAAUAGUCAGUUGACCAUUGAGACAUCAAAUCCUCAAGCAGGGGCUUGCAAAGAGCUUUGCACUGUGCAUUGAACUCCUGACAAACAUCUGAGCACCAGUGCUUCAGAAGCCAGGUGCACCACAGUUGCUGGUGUUUCAAAAGGCCCUAUUGGCUCAGCCACCUUUUUACAUGUACACAUUUGACAUCAUGCAUGAUACCAGAUGAUUGGCAGAUGGGCGUGGCUUGACAAAACGGUCUGGUGGGUCAAAUAGGAAAGGCUGGGGAAGCUAAUGACGCAUGCGGGCUGGAAGUUCCCCAGCCGUGGUCUAAAGAGGACUGUGAAUUUCCCUCUUGGUAGAUAGUUUUGUAUCUUCACCAAAUAUAGAGCAACAGCUCUUUCUCUUUGGGGUUGAUUUGAGUGCAGUGGUGAGGUCGUCAAGUCAUUGAUCUUCUUUGGUUAAAGAGAUGUUUUAAAUAAUGCUUUAAAUAAACUGGAAAGGGACAAUGACUGUGAAAUUAGGCCAUUCUCGUUAGCUUCCAAACACUCUCCAGGCCUGUGUAGUGAUUAACCCCAUAAUAUAUUCAGACAUGCCUUGGGCAUAAUCUGACAUUUGUCUAAUAGCUCUAGUAGCCAGGCAUAAUUCUGACAUUCAGCUGCAGUACAUUGACUUGUACAGCUCCUGGCACUUUAGGCUGUGUGAGAAAAUGCAGUCAGAAUAUACUGCUGCUUCUGUUUGGGGGUUUUCACAUGCCCUCAUGCUUGUCUCUAAUGGGUUCCCUUCCUACACACAGGGCUAUGGACUUUUCGGGCACUGCAUCACCCUCUUUGUCACCUACAACAUCCACUUCCACUCCCUUUUUUAUAUCUUCUGGCUGGUGAUUGGCGGCCUCUCCACAUUAAGAAUGGUGAGUAACAGCAUGUCAUGCAUAUCAGUUUUUAGGAGUUGUUCAGAGAUAUGUAAGAAUUAGUAGCUGCAUUUUCUCCCCCCACCCCCACUUCCUUCUAUAUCCCUUUUUCUAUUAGCAUCCGGUAGAUUGUGUAUACCUGCCCUAGGUUAUGAAAUGUUUAAUGUAUUACGCACUCAUCAGCCAUUGAAUGCCUCCCUCAAAAUUAGCACCUCUAUCAUUCCAAGUAUGUUGACUGACUAGCAUUAAAACCAUAUUAUACAGUGGUUAUUUCUGGUUGGAUGGCACCUUGUAUGCCUCCUUCUGGCAACUCCUGAGGUCAAGCUGGUUCCAAACAUACUGCUAUGCUUUCCUUUGGACCACAUCAGCGAGGCUGAGAGAGAGGGUCUUGUCAUCUGGGCAGCCCAAGACCUCCAUGCACGCUGCCCAUACUUGCACCCCAGGGAGGUCACUUCGGUGAUGCUAACACAGUGGUUUGCCUUCAGCCCUGGAGACGCACUCCAUUGUCUCUCGGGGCAGAUGGAUGCUGACAACAAUGGUGGCUACUUUAGCCAUCCAUCAAAUACACAUAAAGAAUACUAACAAAAGGAAUCACAGGUCUGGUGGUGUAAGUGCUUUUCGGACGCGGUUGAAUCUCUCUCUCCCCCUGGAUCUGCUUUGGCUAUAGGUAACGGGAGACUUGAAAGAUGUUGUGUUUUGAAACUAAGGAUCUCGUUCCAUUUCAGCACAUAAGAACUGGCUCUUGUUUAGUGGUGUGUGGAUUCCCAAAGACCUCUGCUAACCUCAUGCACCAUUUCUUAGUUUGCCAUCGACACGUUGCCCAUGAGAUCUGGUUUAAAUACCCAAACUCUGGUGGCACUUGGAGGCACGGCUAUAGGAAAUAUUUAAAGAAGGAAUUGAGAGGUUUAAAAGUGUAUUCAUCCAUGUGAAACCAAAUCACACAUCCCUGUACCUCUUAGGCCUGUGAAUUCUGUGGGAAAUGUUGCCGUAGGAAAUGAUAGCUCUGUUGCCUUAUGCAUUUGUACUUUGGGUUUUAUAGCCAGAGUUUGAGAAACCUAUGAGAUCUGUCUUUCCUAGGUUGCUGUGUUGGUGUCACGCACAGUGGGGCAUACCCAGCGACUCAUCUUGUGUGGAGCGCUUGCUGCCCUGCACAUGCUCUUCCUCCUUUAUCUGCAUUUCGCUUAUCACAAGGUUGUAGAAGGUAAGAGAGAUCAAUGUUGGGUAGUAGGUUUUUGGAAGCACACACUUCCAGCUGUUUGUUGUUUUCAUCCCAUUGAAAUGAAGGCUUCAGAACUCUGUGAGAACAUCACCCAAAGGAUUGUCUGUUUCAUGCCGCAUCUUCCACUCCCUGUGAGCAGAUAACUACUUGGAUUUAUAAAUUAUAUAGUCUGAGCCCCAUUCCUUCUUUGAGGCCUUUCACACAUAAUGGUUUUCCUGCAGAGCUGAAACUUCUAUACAUGGUAAAUGUCCACACUUUUGUCACAAGUGAUGAAUGCACAGAUGUAUAUGACAUUAUUUAAACUCAAUAAGUAGCCACCUCUCUCCCUCCUCCUCCUCCUCCUCCUCCUCUCUCUCUCUCUCUCACACACACACACACACACACACACACACUCAUGUUAUAUAAAUAAAAGCAAUGAAUUCUGAGUCCCUAAAAUGUCUGAGAAGGAGUAGAUUUUGUUUGUGUUACUCAGUACGGAACUUGAUCAGGUAGGUAGAGGCCUGUUUUUCGAGCAGCUUUGAGAGUGCACUGAAACAGUCGACGUUUUGUACAGUCUGCUAUGUUAACACUUGCAUUCAACGUCUCGUGAUCUGCAACAGUUGUACUGCUUAUCAUAUCAAGUCCUGAACUUUAUUCAGCCUGAACCAACAGCAGUCUUGCACUGCCCCAUCUCUGCCUUGGUGGGCAGAGUGAAUCUGUGGCAUGUUGCCCAUGUAGCAAAAUACUUUCCUAAUGUCAUCUGCUAUGAAGAGCACAAUGCUCAGCUACACCAUGGUUCUGGAAACUGGCUAUAUACACAGUUCCAUCUCAAGACCCACUGCUUCACUGAACUGCAGAUUUGACAUGUAUUGAGAAAAAUAACAUCCAGGAAGACACACACAUAUAGGAGGAGGCUGAAGAGAUUAAUGCUGUGAAACAGCAAAGGGCCAAAGUAAUAUGAAACAAAACUGAUGUAAGUACAGCCUAUGUUUAAUAUUGACUAGACCUGUUCCUUUUCUCACAGGCAUCCUGGACACAUUGGAAGGACCCAACAUCCCUCCUUUUCAGAGAGUUCCCAGAGACAUUCCAGCUGUUUCCUCUGUGGUACUGAACAUGACAACCAAAGCAGUGGGACUUAACUUAUAGCCUUACAGACUGUGUGCCCCCUGCCUCUACAUAGGUCAUGUACUCUGUUGCUGUUACCUGGGAAAAGGGACAAAGUAACGGGAGCAGGACCUGGCUUUAUCUGCAGAUCUCCCCUUGGAAACGGAGAGCAGCAGAAGAGAGAGAAGAUGUAUUUGUCCGGUUUUGGCCAGAUUGUACUGGGCAGAGCUCUUUUUCUGGCCCACUUAGCUUGGAUUGCAUAGCUCAUUCACUUUCCUCCAUACACCUUUUGUUCUUGCUCUUGUCUCUUUAGCCUGUGUACUUGUAAUCCUCUUCUUUGCUGAGGGAAGAAUUAAAUUUAAUGGAUGUCUGUUCUGAGCAAUCUCUUCCAUUGGAUCCUCGUCAUAAAUUAAGAAGAGCAGAGCAGAUAGUUCUGUCCUGUUAGUUUUCCUGCUAUGUUCUAAAAUCCAACCAAACCUAUAAUUUCAUUUGCCCAAGUUGCUUCCCUCAAGUGAGCAGCAUUUGACUUUGGUUGAUGCAAACAAUGGCAGGCUAUGAGCCCGUCUAGACCUCAGAUUAAUUUGAGUGGUCAACCCUUUGUGCCUCUUUUAAUUCCCCCUCGUCCAUGUGGUGUUCUCUCCCAACUGCUGCUAUCCUCCACACUUUCUCUUUCCUAAAUCUGGAGAUUUAGUCUAAGAAUACAGAUAAAUUUGCAUAAGAGCCUGAAAGGAAUUAAGGGCAGAAUUUAGCUACUUUUCAAUAAUAAGGAAAAAGUCAUCAUUUAAAAAGAAAUACCAGUGGCACUGGCUUUUCUGAUUAGAGUUAUUAAUACAGAAACAAUCUCUCUCUGGAUUCCUUAUAUAAAUUGCAGAACAAAAGGACAUAACCCACAUAUUCCAUUUACUGAGUUGUAUUAUUGUAAAUAAUGGACAUGACUAAUUUAGGCCCAUUAAUUUCAAAAGGUCUUUGAAUAUAACAUGUUUAGACACAGGCCUCUGAUUGCACUGGAACAAAGAUGUUCAUUAAGCAGAAUCUUAUUAAAUUGGCCAGUUAGUGAAGCAGAGAGCAGAUCAUUAAAGCAAGUCAACUUAAAUGCUGUCCUAUCUUUGUAAUUAGUUAAUGUUGACAAGUGUGAAGCCUUCACAGUUACAUAAUUAGGAAUAUUGCUUUGGAAUAGUGGAGAGCAAGACUUAACAGCUGAAAUUCUCAGAUAAAAAUCCAGAUCUAUUAAUCUCUGGAUAACAGAAAGCUGAGCCUUUUUUAGACCAUAAUUACCAUAACUAGUUAGGUUACAUUUGCUGAUACAUGUGGCAUGGUACAUUCUAUUCACAAUUUCCACUAGAACACAAAGCACUUUCAUUUAUUUUUCUGCCCUGAUCUAAUUCUCUCUAUUUUUAAGCAGCCAAUGCGUAAUCAGGGAUAUAGAAAAGAGGGAUUGAGAUUCAUUUAACAAGAAAAAGAUUAAAGGUUUCUGUUUUUUGAAAAAAUGGUAUAAAUAAAAUGCAACUCUUAACACUAAUGGAUGUAUCGUGAAUAUUGAACCUUACAAAUCCUUCUAAAUUUCCAGUGCCUUUUCAGAUUACUGGGUUUCAAUGUGAUAAGGCCAAUGUUUCCUACAAAGUACCUUAGCCAGUAAGGGAAUAAAACUUGUAAUGGUGGUAAACCA